GAGCGGACUUUCUUCAGGAACAAAGAGAGGCGAGACUUCUUCACAUCUCUACAAGAAGAUGAGAACUACUUACGACACCGCCCUACUCCACAGUUUGAAUUGUCUAACAUCGACAAGAACGUGCUGGAACAGCGGCCACGCCUGGAAGCAGAGCGAUCAUACUACAAGGAACUAGAAGAGCAAGCGAUCAACUUCUAUCAUCGCCCUGUGAUCGGU